CUGUCCGCGGUGCUGAAGCAGUGACGUAGGAAGUUGACGCUCUUCACGCAUCCGCUCCUGACAUUUUUGUGCUACUGGCUAGCUUGCUUAGCAAGGGGUCUCCAUCAGCAGGAGGCGGAGAAAGACUGCGGGCAAACAGAGAGAGCAGUCGAAUCAAGAGACUGAACCUUACCUGGAGAACCGGGGGGCUCUUCCACACAGGAAACAGUUAUUAGAAAGGCUGUACAAUGUCCGAUUUUGACAGCAACCCGUUCGCAGACCCGGACUUCAGCAAUCCCUUUCAGGAUCCCUCAGUGACUCAGGUGACCCGGUCUGCCCCUCCUGGUGGUCUGGAGGAGUAUAAUCCCUUCACAGAUGCCAAAACGGCGGCCCCUGGGAAUGUUCCCAAAGCGACUCCUGUACCUUCGCAGCAGAACACACAACCUGCCAUCAUGAAACCCACAGAGGAGCCGCCAGCCUACUCACAGCAACAGAGUCAGCGGCGCAAUGAGGACCAAGCACGGGUUCAGGCGGAGUUGUUGAGAAGGCAGGAGGAGCUGGAGAAGAAAGCGGCAGAGCUCGAUCGCCGGGAGAGAGAACUCCAGUCCCACGGAGGAGGGCGUAAGAACAACUGGCCUCCACUGCCAGAGAAGUUCCCCGUUGGUCCAUGUUUCUACCACGACAUUGCAGUGGACAUUCCUGUAGAGUUCCAAAAGACCGUGAAGAUCAUGUACAACCUUUGGAUGUUCCAUGCAUGCACGCUCUUUGUGAACAUGUUCGGCUGCCUGGCCUGGUUCUGUGUGGAUACAUCUCGCGGUGUAGAUUUUGGCUUGGCCAUGCUAUGGUUCCUGCUGUUCACUCCCUGUUCCUUUGUCUGCUGGUACAGACCGCUUUACGGGGCUUUUAGGAGUGACAGUUCAUUCCGCUUCUUUGUCUUCUUCUUCAUCUAUAUCUGUCAGUUUGGCGUUCACGUUUUACAAAGUAUUGGCAUCGCUGGCUGGGGUACAUGUGGUUGGAUCGCAGCUUUAACUGGUCUGAACGCCAACAUCCCAGUGGGCAUCAUCAUGGUGCUGAUCUCAGCUCUGUUCACUGCGCUGUCCGUGGGAUCGCUCAUCAUGUUUAAAAAGGUGCACGCACUGUAUCGUACCACCGGGGCCAGUUUUGAGAAGGCUCAGCAAGAGUUUGCAACUGGGGUCAUGUCUAACAAGACCGUCCAGACUGCGGCCGCCAACGCCGCAGCUAAUGCUGCAACCAAUGCUGCUCGUGGGGCCUUCAAACCUCAGCCAUAAACAGACGCGCCCACAUACAUGCACACAUGCUCACAAAUACAAGCAUACACUCACACACACAAAUGUUGGAGGUGUACAACUCUGGCCUUGCAGGCUCUCAGAUCAAAUGAAUUCUUUUUAUAAAUGUUGUUAUUCUAAGAUUGGCCUACACACGUUGCUAAAAAAAAAGUAACCAGAGUUGUCCACCUUCACUUAAGAUCCAGUUUUAGUAAAAAUUCUCCUACAUCCUUCCUGUCGGCUUCUCAGUCAGAUGGCUGUCUGCUCACAUAGUUGAAUCAUCCACAAAGAGACUCAAGAUGUGCUCUGAGUGUGUGGGAUUUCAUAACUCGCUCCUCUUUCCCCGUCCUCCUGUCCCGUUGAGGUGUUUCUAAGUCAGGCAGAGGUUGCAGUUCUAGUAUACCUUAUUUUUGUCAUGGUGAUGACCUCCAGACAGCUUCCUGCCUGGUCAAUUCAGUAUAGAUUAUUGAAAAGUGAUAAUAUGAUCAUGGUGUUUUGCACAUAGUUCUGUUUUCUUGGUCACAAAAUGAAAGUACAGAGAGUGUUUGUAUGGCUGGGCCUGCGCGUGAAUGUGUACUUCACUUAACGAGAACUCUUUCAUUUAGAUCUGAAAGGUUAAUCAUCCUUGUCCUACAUCUGUGCUUCUAUUCUGAGAUGAAUACACUCCUGGUCAUUCAUAUUAGUAAAAGUAUUUCAGUAUUAUUUUAUCUAGGACCUUCCUGCAGCCCUUAGCAGUGACUUAUUUCUGAAAUAUUCCCUGUUUGUGAGCUAUACUUCAAACACCAAAGUGGGAUAGCUUCAUAAGAUUUGACAGCAUGAUGAAGACAUGCAUGUUCAGCACACUCAACGUAGCUGUUUUUCAAAGCCAGUGUCCACUAUUAGCCUUUUCUCUGGUUACAGGUGGGAACUGGUUUAGGGAGAGGAAUGUCGGCCUACCUAUUUUUCCCUAGUUGGAUUAUGUGUGAAGUGAGCUGUGAAGUCAGUGCAUGUCCCUGUUUGACUGAUUGAUGAUGUUUGGAUCUAUUUGUGAAGACACACUGAACCCCCAGGUCAGCAGGGUCACCAGUUCUCACCACAAACCCAAAAGAGGGUCAGUCAGAUGCUUUCAUGGCCAGGUGCAACUAAAAAGGGAAACACAUGAGAAAUAUCCACUUUUCUUUAUGUACUUUAGGUGUGACAUUAACAGACUACUGUGUGGCUUCAUCUCAGUUGUUUUUGUAGCACUUCACACUUGGUUUAAAACUAACGCUGCUAUGAAUCUUGUGCUGUCAUUAUUCUUUUGGAAAAAGACACAUUCAUAGGGAGGACGGAGAGAAGUGAACAGCCUUUCUUUGACGAUGACAUUGGUUAAGAUUAACCUGCAUACAUAAAAAAGUGAAACAUUGAUACUGUGUUUACCUCCACAACAUAGCUAACACUCCAUUUGCUUUUCUAAAGACGAAAGCAGUCAGUCCAGUUGUUUUUCCUCUGGCAUAAGAAGUUUCAUAUCUAAAUUGAACAUUUAGUAAGAGAGGAUUCAGUGAUAUGACUAAAAGAAUUAAUUUAUAUACAAUAAUAACAGUGUUAUUCAGAACUAAGUUGUACAGACUACUGUCACUGAAGUGAAAUAUGGACGUGUGUUAUUUGUCGCGCUUUAGCACCUCGUAGUGGUGGUGAACGUCUGAAGCUGUGCACGAUGACUGGUGAUGCCGGUUUUACAAAUGUAUGGACCGAACAUUAUAGUGGAUGAAAUAAUCCUGUGAAUAGAACCAAGUUGACGAUCAAUGAUUUGUUAGGAAAUCAGCCAACGCCUCGACAGUAUUGUUUUUGUUUGUUAAUAUUUUUGUUUUAAGUUCAUUGCACUUUCUUGUUUUACGUUGAACUUAGUGCAAAAGACAAGCGUUUUUAUUUAUGGUGUAAUUUAAGUUGUUUGCAUUUUCCAUUUCGUUUGGUUUGAUUUUACAUGAUGUGUUAUGUUUGUGUGGUUUUGUAAUGACAUGAUCAUAGCAUCAGCUAGAUUUAAGAGUGUUUAAUGACUUUGCAACUUGACCCUGCAAGAUGUGCUGGAAUGGAUGAGAAUGUGUAGGAUUGGUAUGAAAGGCCCUAAAGUGUUAUUCUGUGCAGAAAAGCUGUGAGAAAUCUACCAAAUGUCCAUAUAGAUUUGUUUUUAAAUCUUGGUUAGUGAUGUGUUCCCUUGCCAUGUUUUACUUUAAGAUAUUACUUUUAUUUUGCUACAAACACCCACAUGAUUCCCAUGUGUCUAAAGUUUUGAAAAGUUGUCAAAUGAAGCCAUGCCACAGAGAGUCAUUUCUUGAUGUAUUUGGGCAAGUUGGUCCGCAGUAUAAACGAUGUAUUUGAAGUUUGCCGACACAUCACUGUGUUUUUGACCCGUGACCAUGUUAUUUCACUGAAUCAGAGAAGAAACCUAUUCAAAAAGGGACACUUGUAUAUUUUGUAAAGUUGAAAAUUUGAUCCCCAUUAUCAAUCACAUGUAAAAAGAAAACGUAAUGCACUCUUGUCUGGCCUUUGUUGCAUGUGAAAUAGUUUGAGUUUUGUAUAUUUAUGGUAUUAACAUGGAAUAAAAUUUGAAA